GGUUAAAUUACCAAGAUGGCGCGAGGUCCCAAGAAACAUUUGAAGCGUCUCAAUGCCCCAAAAGCAUGGAUGUUGGAUAAAUUGGGGGGUGUGUUCGCCCCUCGUCCAUCCACCGGGCCACACAAAUUGCGUGAAUCAUUGCCUUUGGUGAUUUUCCUGCGUAACAGGCUAAAGUAUGCCUUGACCAACUGCGAAGUAACAAAAAUUGUUAAGCAGAGAUUGAUUAAAGUUGACGGCAAAGUAAGGACUGAUCCUAACUACCCAGCUGGUUUUAUGGAUGUGAUCACUAUUGAAAAAACUGGAGAAUUCUUCCGUUUGAUCUAUGACGUUAAGGGUAGAUUCACCAUCCACCGAAUCACAUCUGAAGAAGCCAAGUACAAAUUGUGUAAAGUCAAGAAAGUCCAAACUGGACCCAAGGGCAUCCCAUUCUUGGUGACCCACGACGGUCGCACAAUCCGUUACCCCGAUCCCAUGAUCAAAGUGAACGACACCAUUCAAUUGGAGAUCGCCACCACAAAAAUCCUUGACUUCAUUAAAUUCGAGUCUGGAAACUUGUGCAUGAUCACUGGAGGUAGAAAUUUGGGUCGUGUUGGUACAGUCAUCAACCGUGAAAGGCAUCCGGGAUCUUUCGACAUCGUCCACGUGAAAGAUGCAAACGGUCACUUAUUUGCUACUAGGUUAAACAACGUAUUUGUUAUUGGUAAGGGAAGCAAAGCCUUCGUAUCCCUGCCAAGAGGUAAGGGAGUCAAGUUAUCAAUUGCAGAAGAACGAGACAAGAGAUUGGCUGCCAAGACACACUAAUGUGUAAAUAAUACGCAUUUUCAAUAAAAAAUAUAAAAUAA